AUGUCUUCAGUCGGCGCCGUACGAGGCCCAGCAUUCCUCACUCGUUCUUUGGUUUUUACUCCCUCUCAUAUCCACCACCGUGCGGGCAAAACCUCUCGUCAAGAUCCAGCCCUUGCUUACCGUAUCUUCCUAGACCUGCACCGAAACAUCCGAAGAAGCCUCGAUCCCUACAAGACCCAUGCGAGAGCCAUGCAUUCCUCUCCACGAACUGCUGCCUCUGCCACACGCGCAACAUCUCCUUCCGCGAUCCCGCAUAUCUCAUUACACAUCGCCGCGUCCUCGAGCGGUAAGGGACGAAAAUACCGGCCAGAACUUUCUACAUUCGACUACCAGUCCAACAGUGCCAACGGACUAGGGCUCCAACGCGGGUCGACACUCGAAGAGAAAAGAUCCAACCGUCCCGAUAGCGGCCAGGAUGCGUACUUUGUCACGCAGGUCGGGCAGGACUCAAAUACGACGGCCUUUGCGAUUGCAGACGGCGUGGGAGGCUGGACUGAUCGCGGCAUUGAUCCCGCAGACUUCUCACACGGGCUGUGCAGCCACAUGGCGGAGACGGCCCUUUCUUGGCCCGAAGAUGAACGGCUCACACCGCAGCAGCUGCUGGAGGUAGGAUACAAGAAGACCAUCAGCGAUCCAUCGAUCCAGGCUGGGGGCACCACCGCCUGUGUUGCGGUGACACAGCCUGACGGACAGAUGCGGAUCGCCAACCUGGGUGAUUCAGGCUUUCUGCUUCUUCGCCUGGGGACAGUGCACCAAUACUCGAAUCCGCAGACCCAUGCUUUCAACACGCCGUACCAGCUAAGCCUGACUCCUCCGGAGAUGAUUGCUCAGGCCUUGAUCUUCGGCGGCAUGCCUUUGAAUGACAAACCCGACCGUGCCGACCUUGCGGACUACACCCUGCGACACGGUGAUGUCCUGAUCCUCGCCACAGACGGCGUCUGGGACAAUCUCAAUUCGCAGGAUAUUCUGUCCAUCGUGUCCAACACCAUGCGUACGACUGGCGCGUGGCUAAGGUCGCCUGGUCAAGGCUAUACCGUGUCCCCUGUCCUUUUUGAGCUGGUGGACAGGUCACUCGCCACCCAGAAACACAAACUCCCUGGCUCGUUGCAGAGCAUUUUAGCAGCCGCCAUCGUCGGCGAAGCCAAGACGGCGAGUAUGAACUCGAAACGAGAUGGCCCGUUUGCAAAGGAAAUGCAGAAGCAUCACCCCUUCGAUCCGUGGCAUGGCGGUAAGGUCGAUGACAUCGCCGUUCUGGUUGUAAUUCCUGUCGACGAGAGCAAAUCGCAAAAGAGCGGCAAGAUCAGGGCGAAGCUAUGA